UCCUUCUUUCCAUUGCUAAGCGAAAUCAAGCAACUCGGCCCCAAGAAGAUAAUUCUGAUAACCCUUUAUUCUUGUUUUCUAAAAUCUUGGUCCUUUGCUAUGGAUUCAAGAAAGCUCAUCCUGUUUGCACUUUCACUAGUGCUGGUGUUGAAGGUGUCAGAGAGUUUUGAUUAUCGAGAGGAAGACCUCACUUCAAAGGAGAGUCUCUGGAACUUGUAUGAGCGAUGGAGGAGCCACCAUACAGUGUCUCGCAGCCUGACUGAUAAACAACAGCGUUUCAAUGUGUUCAAGGGAAACUUGAAGCAUAUUCACAGGGUGAACCAGAAGGAUAUGCCUUACAAGCUGAGACUGAAUAAGUUUGCGGAUAUGACAAACCAUGAGUUCAUGAAACAAUAUGGAGGCUCAAAGGUUAGCCACUGCAGGUUACUCAAUGGAUCCCGACGCCAAACUGAGUUUAGUCAUGACAACACUGUUCUCCCACCAUCAGUUGAUUGGAGGAAGAAAGGAGCAGUCACUGGCAUCAAGGACCAAGGACUUUGCGGUAGCUGUUGGGCUUUCUCAAGUGUAGCUGCUGUGGAGGGUAUAAACAAAAUCAAAACAGGAGAAUUAAUCUCUUUAUCUGAGCAGGAACUAGUUGAUUGCAACACUGUUUACCAUGGUUGUGAUGGAGGAUUAAUGGAAAAGGCAUUCAAGUUUAUUGAGAAAAUUGGUGGCCUAACAACAGAAAAUAACUAUCCUUACAUUGCCAAAGAUGGGUCCUGCAACUCAAAUAAGAUGAAUGCUCCUAUGGUAACCAUUGAUGGGUACGAGAUGGUACCAGAAAAUAAUGGGAAUGCAUUGAUGAAAGCUGUUGCUAACCAACCUGUAGCUAUUGUAAUAGAUGCUGGUGGCAAGGAUCUUCAGUUCUACUCUGAGGGAGUAUUCACUGGACAUUGUGGGACAGAGCUAAACCAUGGAGUGACACUUGUGGGAUAUAGAGCAACUCUAGAUAGUACAAAGUACUGGAUAGUGAAGAAUUCAUGGGGUCCUGAAUGGGGAGAAAAUGGAUACAUUAGGAUGCUAAGAGAGAUUGAAGCAGAAGGGGGAUUGUGUGGUAUAACUUUGGAGGCCUCCUACCCUGUCAAGCGGCGUUCAGAUAAUAAGAAAUCAACCUUCUGGAGCAGGGAUGAACUCUAGUUGAUCAGCAAAGAUGUAUACCAAAAUAACGGACCAAGCAAUCAGAAAGUUUCUUAAAACUAUAUUAUGUUUGCCUUUUUUUAGCUUGUAAGUUGAAAUUGGAUUUGUUUGCCAUGUUUGUGUAUCUUAGUUUAGAUAAGUGCUUAUAUUAUAUGAGACCUUCUUAAGUUCCAAUCACAAUAAACGCUUCUUCCUUUUUUCUCCUUUUUAAUGAAU